AUGGAACUCGAAUCUCGCAAUGAAAGUACCGAGCACAUUGAGCCAGAUGGACUGAUCCAUUCCCAUGGAGGAAGACAACUCCCACCAGUGGAUGGAGGCAAAGAUGCAUGGAUGUUCCUAGUAGCUGGGUUCAUCAUCGAAGGAUUGACUUGGGGCUUUGCAUUUUCAUACGGUGUGUUUCAGGAUUAUUACCUCUCGAGUGAUGAGUUCAAGAACUCGGGCAACAUUGCAGCUAUUGGUACUUGUGCAUUGGGAAUUGCAUAUCUCUCUGCUCCCCUUGAUUUUGCACUGUUGCUAGGAGUGCCUCGUUUCAGACGACUUGCCACUCCGGUUGGAUUCCUGGUGAUGUGUUUAGCUCUUGCAUUGAGUUCUUUCUCAACAACGACAACACAUCUCAUUCUCUCGCAGGGUGUGGGAUACGGUCUUGGAGCUGGAUUGGCCUAUUCACCGGUCAUUCUCUGGAUGGGUGAAUGGUUUGUCAAGAGGCGUGGACUUGCAUUCGGGACUAUGUGGGCUGGAACAGGUCUAUCUGGCGUUGUUUUUCCUAUCGUCCUCCAGUGGAUGCUGAACGAAUACGGCUUCCGCACCACUCUGCGCGUCUGGUCUGUUCUCCUGAUGAUCCUCAUUGCGCCAGUCAUCUACUUUGUCAAGCCACGCAUUCCCACUUCAUCUCAGACUGCUAGCAAGAUCAGGCCUUUCGAUCUUAGCUUUGUCUGGACCAGAUCCUUCGUGAUUUACCAAGUGUGCAAUACAGUGGAAGCAUUGGGCUUCUUCCUUCCAGCUGUGUAUCUCCCAACUCAAGCCCGGUCAUUAGGUGUGACCGGUCCACUGGCAUCGUUGACAGUCAUUCUAUUCAACCUUGCCUCUAUCGGUGGAUGUGUGGUGAUGGGAAUGCUCGUGGAUAAACACCAUGCGACUACUUGCAUUCUCUUGUCUAGCGUUGGAACCGCGCUGUCCGUCUUCCUCAUCUGGGGCUUUAGUGUUUCGAUUGCACCUCUGUAUGUAUUCUGCAUUGUCUAUGGCCUCUUUGCGGGCUCAUUUACAUCUACAUGGACCGCGAUCACGAGGGAUAUUCAGAAGAAGAACGAGCGUGCGGACAUGUCGAUGAUCUUUGGCAUUUUGGAGACUGGUCGUGGGAUUGGGAAUAUUGCCAGUGGGUUCUUGAGUGAAGCGUUGAUUGCGCAUACAGUCUCUACCAGCGCAUACGCAUUUGGCAGCACUUACGGCAACGUUAUUAUCUUUACCGGAGUCACGGCUCUAUUCGGAGGUGCCUGUGCCCUAGCUCGUCCUUUGAAGCUACUUUAA